GGAGAAGUGGCAAGUAGUCGAUGACGACGAUGACGACGCUGUGUCGAUCGUGCGAUCGCAAAAUAUAACCUCUCUCCGCGUAAGAUGCUACUACUCUUAUCAGUGUAUCCGGAGGCAACGUUGUUUCGAGAAACCUGAUCCACGAUUUGAUCCACGAUCUUCUCCUUCUCAUAUCAUCAUCACCACCACCUCUCUCGGCGACUGUUGUUGAACCGACCGCAAUUUGCCGCAUCAUGAAAGUGAUCGUGAAGAAGCUGCAGGGGAAAGAAUGCGUCGUUGAUAUACUGCCGACAGAAACAGUGUUGGAAUUGAAGCACAAAGUAAGCGAUCUGUUAGGCAUCGAUGUUCCCCACCAAAGACUGUUACUUACUGGCAAGACUUUGGCCGAUGAGAAUCCAUUGAGCUUUUAUCCGGGAAUCAAGGAUGGCAGUAAGUUAAACCUGUUGGUGAUAAAGAAAACGGAGGAGGGUUCCAGCGAGGCUAAGGGCUUGCAGCAGAAAUCGGGCACUCAGCUGCUAAGAGACGAGGUUUCCCGAGUGUUGAGGCAUUACUACACGGUAUCAGAGACGGAAUCCAUAGUCAAUGAGCUGAUAAAGGACCUGAAAAACAAAGUGAAUAAUCUUAGUUACGAUGAUUUAGAGAGAUUAGCCACGGCGUUACUUCAGGACCAAGAGAACGUAGCUUAAGUAUAUAUACCAUCCUAUAUCGGAUUAUUCAAUUCCGCUUUAUUAUGGCCGAUAUCAUCGUAUAAUAUGAGUUUAUUUAAUUGA